UACACUAAUCCCUAGCUACUUGCUCUUUCUGGACCUCCUCAUUUGUACUGGGCUUUCGGUCUCUCCUCUGCAGCGAACUCUGGUAGCGGUGGCAUGUCUCCUUCUCAUCUGGCGUUGAUGGCGGUGCUUUUUUCUCCUAGCCCUACGCAUCCUGCCUGAUGAUCGAGGCCACUAGGCGUAAUCUCGUCCGCAGUCUCCCGGCUCUCCUGCUUCUCUUCAGUCUUCCGCGGCUUUCACCUCCGUCGGCGACCUCUUCCAUGUCCAUCUCUUUGUUUCACGGUACCUCCUCCACCAAAUACCUUAAUUUUUGCGACGUCACAUCAUCCUUCUGAUUUAUUGAUGACCCCCCUGCACAUCCGGAUGCAGCCGGAGAAGAAAAGAAAUUGAGAAUUUCAUAUCCUUUCCAUAAUCUCGUUUUCACGUAGAACUAUGCUCGAUAAUUUCGUCAUCAGGAAUACAUUUUCUGCAGAUAACUUUUUCCGUGUAGAGGUGAUUUUCUGCCAGUCAAAACAGUCUAAAACACUGCAAAUGAAGAAAUGUUCUCUCUUCCAGUUAGAAGGCAACCUCUGCAACAAAGCACCAGCUUCUUCUUCCUAAAGCACACAUCUCACAAGCUGACAAGCAGCACAUCACCACCCCUGCCACUGCCACAAGAAGAUGCUACCAUUGCCAAUCUCAUCCUCCAAGCUGACCCACAAAAGCUAUUUGAAACCCUAGAAAACUGCGUGAUCCACUGGACACCCGAGUUAGUCAACAAAGUCCUCAAACGCCUUUGGAACCAUGGGCCUAAAGCCCUCCAAUUCUUCAAACUCCUUGACCACCACCCCACUUAUGCACACUCCUCCUCUGCCUUUGAUCAUGCCAUUGACAUUGCAGGCCGUAUGCGUGACUAUAAGACCCUUUGGGCACUUCUCCACCGAAUGCAUGCUCGCCGGCUUGGCCCAUCUCCCAAAACUUUCGCAAUUAUUGCGGAAAGGUUUGUUGCUGCCGGUAAAGCUGAUAGAGCCAUUAAUCUAUUCUUGUCAAUGCAUAAACAUGGUUGUCUUCAGAAUUUGAAUUCCUUCAAUACAGUACUAGAUGUGCUGUGUAAAUCGAGGCGAGUUGAGAUGGCCGAUAACUUGUUUAAGGUGUUUAGGAGGAGGUUUAGAGCCGAUACUGUUAGUUAUAAUAUAAUUGCAAAUGGGUGGUGUUUGGUCAAGCAGACCCCGAAGGCAUUAGAGGUUUUGAAGGAGAUGGUGCAGAGAGGUUUGAGUCCAACGCUAACAACAUACAAUAUAAUGUUAAAAGGGUUCUUCCGAGCAGGUCAAAUUAAUGAAGCUUGGGAAUUCUUUUUGCAAAUGAAGAAGAGGAACUGUGAGCCUGAUGUAAUCACAUAUACUACAGUGGUUCAUGGGUUUGGUGUUGCAGGUGAGGUUAAAAAAGCCCAGAGGGUUUUUAACAAGAUGAUUGGGGAGGGUGUUCUUCCGUCGAUUGCAACUUAUAAUGCUUUGAUUCAGGUUUUGUGCAAGAAAGACACUGUAGAAAAUGCUAUUUCAGUUUUUGAGGAGAUGGUUGGGAAAGGGUAUGCUCCGAAUUCAACAACGUAUAAUGUGGUGAUUAGAGGAUUGUGUCAUGUGGGUGAGAUGGAUAGGGCAGUAGGGUUUAUGCAAAGAAUGAAAGAUGAUGAAUGUGAGCCAAAUGUUCAGACAUACAAUGUUGUGAUUCGUUACUUUUGUGAUGCUGGACAGAUCGAGAAGGGUUUGGAGAUCUUUGAGAAGAUGGGUAGAGGGAAUUGCUUGCCAAAUUUGGAUACGUACAAUAUUUUGAUUAGUGCUAUGUUUGUGAGGAAGAAAUCAGAUGAUUUGUUGGUGGCAGGGAAGUUGUUGAUAGAAAUGGUUGAUAGAGGGUUUCUUCCUCGAAAAUUAACAUUCAUCAGGGUUCUAGAUGGACUCUUGCUGACUGGUAAUCAAGAUUUUGCAAAAGAGAUUAUGAGAUUGCAGAGUAAAUGUGGUCGUCUUCCUUGUCAUUUCAGGUUAUGAAAUCAGUUUGUUCAGACUGGUUUAUAAACCACGGGGAAUCGCAUCACUUUUUGCAGUUUGCCCCGAGGCUCCCGAGGAGGUGGUUCAUAUUUUCAGUGCGUGAAAUUUUAGGCUUAAAAUGUUGUUGUGAAGCUUAAGCAUUGACCUUGUUUUUUUGUUUGUUUUUUCCCCAGUUUUGAUAAGACCGGAAGACAGGUUGAGGGAGAAAUUCCGAAGAUGGUAAGUGGACAACUAUUUGAAUGUAGCUUAAAUAAGGUUUGAACAGUUUCUCUCUCUCUCUCUCUCUCUCUCUCUCUCUCUCUCUCCCGCUCUUAAUAUAUAUAUAUAUAUAUAUAUAUAUAUAUAUAUAAUAUGUACGUCUGGUUUCAGAUGAUGAUAAAGACGAAACAUUUUCACGUGGGUUCACGUGAAAGAAGUACGUUGGCUAAGUGAUAUUUGUUUUUUGGGUCAGAGAAUUAGCUUUUAAUUUUUAGAUUGCUGUAUUAAAUUAGCAGGAGGUUAUUGAUUUAUUGAAAAAGCUUCUGUUCUCUGGGUUUUAAGUGCGUGAAUUUUGUGAAUGCUUUGUCAUCUCAUUAUUUGACUUGAGUAAUGCUCGUCUAAGUGAUAUGCCUUCUAAUUUCUAACAUAAUGGAAUCAUUUGCAGUGUUGUUUUGCUGGAAAUACUGUACUCGCAGCUUUGAGAUUUGAAAGGUCUCUUUGUUCACUGCGUGGAAAGAUGGAAAUCAUGGUCGGGACUCUGGCAAGAGACCCAAGAGAAGUUUAUCCAAUGCUUCCUGUCGUAUCCAUUCCUGAUAUUGAUCACCAUGUGGAUCCUUAUUUUAUUUUAUUUUAAUCUUUUGCAUUCUUAGUAAGCCCAUGAGGCAAUUAUUUGCACAGGUGAGAAGCUUUCCCAUUUUCUAAUGUGUUGCCACAGCAAAUGACUGCAUUUCGAAUUAUUGGUUUCUGUAUAUUGUGCAUUUUUGGUUGCAGUUUAACCAUUCCUCU